AUGUCUAACCAAUCGCUUAAUGGUUUUCAGGGUUCUCAACCCUUUAUAACAGAUAAUGAAUAUAAGAGUUUAUCUCUUGAACAAUUAAGAUAUAUAUUAAAUCAAAAGAAAAAAACAAUAAAGAAAAGUUAUAAAGAAUUAAGUGAAAAAGAAAAAUUAAUUAGAGAUAUAAGAAGACUUGAUAAGCUUAAUGAAAAAGUAAAAAAAGGAGUAGAUAUAAAGAAGAAAUAUAAGAAAAAGAAAGUUACCUCUAAAAAGAAAAAGAUAAAAACAUUUGAUGAGUAUUUUGAGGAAUGUAUAAAAAAUAAAGAAAUACCGAGAGAUACUCCAGACUAUUUAAGAAAAGCUCUUGAUCAAGCAAUGAGAGAAUAUGGACAAGGACUUAUAAAAGAAAAAUCAUCUCUUGCAGGUUUUGCAAAUAAAUAUAUAAUUGAAGGAAUUUUUGGUCUUGGUCCAAUUGAUUUUUUUAAUCGUAUAAAUGAAACUUUAGUUAAUUUUUUUACUUAUCAUAGAAAUAUAAAAUUUAAGUUAGUUUUAGUUUGCAUGAUGGAAAAACAUGAAGUAGAUAAAAAUAACGGUCUUUUUAAUAUACAAGAAGAUAAGGCUUAUUUUAAUUCACCAACAUUUACUAAUCUAGAAUCAAGUAAUGUUGAGGAUUUAAUUUUUUCAAGUAAAGAAAAUAUUUUAGCAAAAAUGGAAAUGUAUUCAGAAAAAGCAAGUAAUUGGGUUUUUAAAGAAGUUGUAAAAUUCGAAAUUCAUACUGUUGAGUUUAACCCAACUAAGGGUUCAUCUUAUAUUGAUCUUCCUUCUUGGAUAAAAAAUAAAAAAGCAAUUGUUAAUAUUAAAAAUAAAGAUAACAAAUGCUUUCUUUGGUGUAUACUUAGAUAUCUUCAUCCAAGAGAUAGAGAUGAAGAAAGAAUAAACGAUUUAAAAAAGUAUGAGUUUUCACUUAACACUAAAGGAAUUACUUUUCCAAUGAAAGUAAAUAAUAUCACUCAAUUUGAAAAACUUAAUCCAGAUAUUCCAGAAAUAAAUGUUUUUUCUGAAGAUGGUAAAAUGAUUAUUUAUCCUUUGAGAGAGGCAAAGAGAGAUUGUAAAAAUACUAUUGAUUUAUUUUUGUACGAAGAAGAUGGUGCCUCACAUUAUACUCUUAUUAAAAAUUUUCACAGGUUAGUAAGGUCUCAAAAAACUACAAGUCAUAAUGGUAAAAUAUUUAUUUGUAAGAGAUGUUUUAGUCAUUUUACAAAGGAAGAAUUAUUAGAUAAUCAUAUUAAAUAUUGUAGUAAUAAUGCAACAGCGUUUGUAAAAAUGCCUGAACCAAACACAAUGCUAUAUUUCAAAAAUUAUUACAAAAAACUUCCUGUUCCUUUUGUAGUUUAUGCAGAUUUUGAAUGCUUUACCAAACCAAUGAAUAGUUGCAGUCCUAAUCCAAAAGACUCUUAUAAUUACAACUAUCAAAAACAUGAACCAUCAGGAUUUUGUUUUUAUGUAAAGGGAAUAGUAGAUAAAAAAAUUAAACCAAUUAUUUAUACAAAAACUUCUGAAGAUGAAGAUAUAUCAAAAGUAUUUGUAGAAAAACUUGCGGAAGUAACUAAAGGAAUUUAUAACGAUUUUUAUCAAAAACCAAAACCUCUUAGACUAACUCAGGAAGAACAAAAAUCAUUUGAGAAAGAAGUUAUCUGCCACAUUUGUAGUCGCAAAUUAAAAAAAGAUAAAGUUUGA